AGUUGCUAGUUAUCAGCCAUAAAGUCAGGACGUGGUCUCUGCCAAAAGAUGAGAUUCCAGUUGUGUUAUUUACUGGGCUUGCUCAGUGUGACAAGCCUGAGCCAUGCUGCCAGCAAUCUGAUUUGCUAUUAUGACUCAACCUCGUACUUGCGCCAAGGUUUGGCCAAAAUGCAUACCCACGAACUGGAUUUGGCCCUGCAGUUCUGCACCCAUUUGGUUUACGGAUAUGCGGGCCUGAAGGCCGGAACCCUGGAGCUAUUCAGUCUGAAUGUGGACCUGGACAUGUUCUACUACAAGGAAAUCACCGCCCUGCGACAGAAGUUUCCCCAACUGAAAAUUCUCCUCAGCGUGGGCGGAGAUCGCGAUGUGGAUGAGGCCCACCCCAAUAAAUAUGUGGAGCUUCUGGAGGCGAAUCGCACUUUUCAGCAGAACUUUAUAGACAGCAGCAUGAUUUUGGUAAAGAGAAAUGGAUUCGAUGGACUCGAUCUCGCAUUCCAGUUGCCCCGCAACAAGCCCAGAAAAGUCCACGGAUCCUUGGGAACUUACUGGAAGUCAUUCAAGAAGCUCUUCACUGGUGACUUUGUUGUGGAUCCUCUGGCGGAACAGCACAAGUCACAGUUUACCGAUCUGGUGGGAAACCUAAAGAAUGCAUUUCGUUCUGCCAAUCUCAUGCUGUCUCUGACAGUCCUGCCCAAUGUGAACUCCACUUGGUACUUUGAUGUCCCCAAACUGCAUCCCCAGUUCGAAUAUAUCAACCUGGCUGCCUUCGACUUUCUCACCCCAGUAAGAAAUCCGGAGGAGGCGGACUUCACAGCUCCGAUUUUCUUCCAGGACGAGCAGAAUCGCUUGCCGCACUUGAAUGUGGAGUUUCAGGUUAAUUACUGGCUGCAGAAUAAUUGUCCCGGCCAGAAGUUGAACCUGGGAAUAGCCAGUUAUGGGAGGGCUUGGAAACUAUCGAAGGGAUCCGGACUCAGUGGAGCUCCCAUUGUUCAAGAGACAUGUGGAGCUGCACCCGGCGGAAUGCAAAUCCAGAGUGCUGACGGCUUACUCAGUUGGCCGGAGAUUUGCUCCAAGUUGUCGCAGAACGCAUCCGCUCAAUAUAGAGGAGAAAUGGCUCCGCUCCGCAAGGUCACAGAUCUCACACAGAAAUACGGAAACUACGCCCUCCGACCUGCGGAUGAUAAUGGAGAUUUUGGCGUUUGGCUGAGCUUCGAUGAUCCGGAUUUUGCUGGAAUCAAGGCGGCAUAUGCCAAGGGCAAAGGACUCGGAGGAGUUGCCAUUUUCGAUUUAAGUUACGAUGACUUCCGUGGACUUUGCACUGGUCAAAAGUUCCCCAUUGUGCGAUCAAUAAAAUAUUUUAUGGGAAGAUAUAUUCCUCGCACCAUGAAGGCGUGGAUCUGGCUUACGUUUGUCGCGUGCCUCUUUGCGGCAAGUACCGAAGCUGCCUCCAAUUUAGUCUGCUACUAUGACUCUUCGAGUUACACCAGAGAAGGUCUGGGCAAGCUGCUCAAUCCCGAUCUGGAGAUCGCCUUGCAAUUCUGCAGCCACUUGGUCUACGGAUACGCUGGACUACGAGGUGAAAACCUCCAGGCGUACAGUUUGAACGAGAACCUGGAUAUAUACAAGCAUCAGUUCUCCGAAGUGACCUCCCUCAAGAGGAAGUAUCCCCACCUGAAGGUUUUGCUGAGCGUGGGCGGCGAUCAUGACGUCGACCCUGAGCAUCCCAACAAAUAUAUCGAUCUGCUGGAGGGCGAGAAGGUUCGUCAAGUGGGAUUCAUCCGAUCGGCCUAUGACUUGGUGAAGACCUACGGCUUUGAUGGCUUGGAUCUGGCCUAUCAGUUCCCCAAGAAUAAGCCCAAAAAGGUUCACGGGGAUCUGGGAUUGGCAUGGAAGAGUAUUAAGAAGCUCUUCACAGGCGAUUUUAUAGUGGAUCCACACUCAGCCCUUCAUAAGGAGCAGUUUACCGCCUUGGUGAGGGAUGUAAAGGACUCCCUAAGAGCUGAUGGAUUCCUGCUCAGUCUGACUGUGCUGCCCAAUGUAAACUCAACUUGGUACUUUGAUAUUCCCGCUCUGAAUGGCUUGGUGGACUUUGUGAACCUGGCCACCAUCGACUUCCUGACUCCAGCUCGUAAUCCCGAGGAGGCGGACUACAGCGCUCCCAUCUACCAUCCCGAUGGAUCGAAGGAUCGGUUGGCUCACCUUAACGCUGAUUUCCAGGUGGAGUACUGGCUAUCUCAGGGAUUCCCAGCUAAUAAGAUCAAUUUGGGAGUUGCCACCUAUGGCAAUGCCUGGAAACUUACCACGGACUCUGGUCUCGAAGGAGUUCCUGUGGUGCCGGAGACAAAGGGACCAGCACCCGAGGGCUCCCAGUCCCAGAAACCCGGACUACUCAGCUAUGCUGAGAUCUGCGGAAAGUUGUCCAAUCCCCAAAAUCAAUUCCUCAAGGGCAACGACUCGCCGCUGCGAAGAAUUUCCGAUCCCACCAAGAGAUUCGGGGGCAUAGCUUAUCGCCCCGUCGAUGGUCAGAUAACCGAUGGCAUUUGGGUGAGCUACGAUGAUCCCGACUCGGCCUCCAACAAGGCAGCCUACGCCCGCGUCAAGAACCUGGGGGGCGUGGCACUGUUCGAUCUGAGCUACGAUGAUUUCCGGGGACAAUGCUCAGGCGAUAAGUAUCCCAUCCUGCGAGCCAUCAAAUACCGACUACUGCGUAGAGCUCUCCGGGUGUAUCUCUGUACAAAGAUGACUGGCUCUCUGUGGCUCAGUUUGGCACUCAGUCUGGCGGUUUUGGCUCAAUUUAAAGUGAGUGCCGCUCCUAAUCUGGUUUGCUUCUAUGACUCGCAGGGCUUCCAGCGUCAGGGCCUGGCUCAGUUCUCGAUGACCGACAUGGAGCUGGCCCUGCAGUUUUGCACCCAUUUGGUCUACGGCUAUGCGGGUGUUAAUGCCGAUAACUAUGAAAUGCAGAGCAUUAACAAGCGAUUGGACCUCGAGCAGCGCCAUCUGGCCCAGGUCUCCAGUUUGAAGGAACGCUAUCCCCACAUCAAGUUCCUCUUGAGCGUUGGUGGAGAUGCCGAUACGAAUGAGGGUAACCAGUAUAUAAAGCUCCUGGAAUCCGGGCAGCAGGGCCACAGGCGUUUCAUCGAGUCCGCUCGGGAUUUGGUGAGGCGUUAUAAUUUCGAUGGUCUGGACCUGGCUCUCCAACUGCCAAGAAAUAAGCCCCGAAAGGUUCACGGGGAUGUGGGCUCUGCCUGGAAGAGUUUCAAGAAGUUCUUCACCGGUGAUUAUAUUGUGGAUACUGAUUCGGAAACGCACAAAGGACAGGUGACUGCUCUGAUCAAGGAUUUGAGUGCCGCUCUGAAACAAAAUGAUCUGCUGCUCAGUCUCACCGUUUUGCCAAAUGUUAACUCAAGCUGGUACUACGAUGCCCCUUCGAUCGCUCCAAGCCUGGACUUCAUCAACCUGGGAACUUUCGACUUCCUGACUCCGCAGCGCAAUCCUGAGGAGGCGGACUUCUCGGCGCCAACAUACGAGGCAGUUGGCCAAAACCGUUUGGGCCACUACAAUCUGAACUUCCAAAUGGAGCACUGGCUACUGCAAAGAGUGCCUGCUAAUAAGAUAAACAUUGGCAUUGCCACCUACGGCAGGACGUGGAAGAUGACCAAGGACUCGGGAGACUCUGGAAUGCCAGUGGUUCCCUCUACCCAGGGACCUGCUCCCGCCGGACCUCAGAGCAAAAAGGAGGGUCUGCUCAACUGGGCCGAGAUCUGCUCGCUGAUGCCGAACCCCGGUAAUACCAAUGCCAGAGGUCCCAGUGCUCCAGUGAAACGGGUUCUGGAUCCCACAAAACGUUAUGGCAGCUACGCAUUCCGUGCCGCCGAUGAAAAUGGAGACCACGGACUUUGGAUCAGCUACGAUGAUCCGGACUCCGCAUCCAGCAAGGCCAUGUUCGCCAGGGUAAGGAAUCUCGGAGGAGUGGCUCUCUUUGAUCUGACCCAAGACGACUUCCGUGGUCAGUGCACCAACGAUCGCUUCCCCAUGCUGCGCGCCAUCAAGUACCGACUUCUCUAAGCCGCCUUCUCUAAGCCGACUUCUCUAGACCAGGCCAUAAAGACAUCUCCAGCACGCAAAUGUCAGAUGAAAAGUUGGGGAAGCGGAGCUGGGAGGGAACAAAUGUCACCCUUUCGGUGGCUAAAGGCCUCCUUCUGUGUCUGUCCCUUUUUGCAAAUUAAUUACAAAGUUGUAAACUAAAA